ACCAAAGGCCGUACUUUUCUGCGUUAAAUGCACGCAACACGCGAAAUUAUGAAGGCAAGUUCAUCGAGAGACCGGACAGAACAGCAAGAUCCAAUCUUCAAGGCACGUCUUCUGAGCUUCUGUUGCGGCUCAUGGAAUGCAUUCUGUUCCCGCCUCCUUUCUCCCCUCACGUCGCGGUCAAGUCGAGUGUUCGUGUGCUUCUCGCAGCUCAUCAGAGCACGAGGAUCCGAGGGUACCAGCGGCAGGGGUUGAGCUCCGCUUGUUGGGCUGUCCGAAGCGAUUCGGGAGACCUAUUAGGCAAGAGCUCGCUGAAGGGAAGUGAAAAUGGUUCUUUGUUGAGCGCCCUCGACGGCUCGGCCUCAGUGCCAUUCGGGACUGUGGAGGCCGAGAUCACACAGGAGACCAUUGAUUUCUUCGUCAGUGAUGCCGAGGGUGACCCCGAUAGCCCGUCAGAAGGGUAUUCUUCGAUCGAGCAGGCGAUUAAUUCUUUGCGCGAAGGAAAGAUUGUGAUGGUGGUAGAUGAUGAAAGUGGGAAUAUUGAAGGAAACCUUGUCAUGGCAGCCACUCUUACGAGUCCUCGCGAUGUAGCCUUCAUGGUGAGGCACGGUUCUGGAAUAAUCUCUGUCGGCAUGAAAGAGGAGGAUCUGCAGAGACUGAAGCUUCCUCUUAUGUCGCCUGAGACCGAGGAAGAGGACUCGUCUGCUCCCACCUUCACGAUCACUGUGGAUGCGAAAUCGGGCUCGUCAACAGGGGUUUCUGCUUUCGAUAGGGCGAGGACAGUUCUCGCUCUUUCAUCUCCCGAGUCCAAGCCAGAAGACUUCAGAAAGCCGGGCCAUGUGUUUCCCCUCAAGUACCGGAACGGGGGUGUCCUGAGAAGGGCCGGUCAUACCGAGGCUUCAGUGGACUUAGUUAUGCUUGCCGGCCUGCGACCAGUUUCUCUUCUUACGGCCGUAAUGGAUGCAGAAGAUGGUUCCAUGGCUUCGCUUCCCAGCUUGAGAAAGCUGGCAUUGCAGUACAGCCUUCCAGUUGUUUCGAUAACAGAUUUGAUCAGGUACCGAAGAAAGAGGGAAAAACUGGUCGAAAGAACUGCCAUAUCGCGUUUGCCCACUAAGUGGGGAUUAUUCCAAGCUUACUGCUACCGCUCCAAGCUCGACGGGACAGAACACAUUGCUGUCGUAAAGGGGAACAUUGGUAAUGGGGAAGACGUCCUAGUGAGGGUUCACUCUGAGUGUUACGGGGAUAUAUUCGGGUCGGCCCGGUGUGACUGUGGGAACCAGCUGGAGUUGGCAAUGCAGCUGAUAGAGAAGGCCGGGAGGGGAGCCGUAGUCUAUCUCCGAGGUCACGAAGGAAGGGGGAUCGGCCUGGGACAUAAGCUGCAGGCAUACAACUUGCAGGACCAAGGCCAUGAUACGGUUCAGGCCAAUCUAGAACUCGGGUUAGCCAUCGAUGCUAGAGAAUACGGCAUCGGUGCCCAGAUCCUGAGAGAUGUUGGAGUCCGGACCAUGCGGCUGAUGACCAACAACCCGGCCAAGUUCACCGGCCUGAAGGGCUAUGGAUUAGCUGUCAUCGGCCGGGUUCCGGUGCUGACAUCCAUCACGGCGGAAAACAAGAGAUACCUGGAGACGAAGCGCAUGAAAAUGGGCCAUAUCUACGGGUCCGACAUUCAGGAACCGCUUUCCGGAUUCGUCGAUCCGAAUAUGGGCGACGACAACUCGACGGGGUCUUCAUGAAUGGUACACGGCCUGGAUAAUGCCGACAGGUGCUCGUCCAUAUCUUAAAGAGCUGGAACUUUUGAGUCGGCGACGAAAUUCAUCGACCGCUUGUUCCUGCUUAGGCAUUCAAUGAAACUACGGACGAUGGAGGAUGGAUAGGGGUGAUCAAUCAAAGCACACUUUGAUGUAUGAACAUAGAAAACGCAAGUUUCUAUAUUUACGUACAUAUCUGUAAUUAUACUCUCAUUUAUCAAAAUCCCAUUUUUCCUUC